AUGUUCUCUAAAUACUGCAUUAAAUCCAAUUUGCCCAGACGUAAUGAAACCUAUCCGAAAUUGCAGCUUCGCACGGAUGUUGUACCAAAAACUUGUGAGAACUUUCGUGCUUUAUGCACCGGCGAGAAAGGAUACGGCUACAAAGGUUCCACUUUUCACCGAGUCAUUCCUCAUUUCAUGUGUCAGGGCGGCGAUUUCACCGAUAAUAAUGGCACUGGUGGGAAAUCCAUUUAUGGAACCAAUUUUAAAGACGAAAAUUUCACUUUGAAACACGAAGGACCAGGAAUCCUAUCCAUGGCGAAUGCUGGUCCGAAUACCAACGGCUCUCAAUUUUUCAUUUGCACUGAAAAGACUGAAUGGUUGGAUAAUAAACAUGUCGUUUUCGGCAAGGUUGUCGAAGGCUUGGAUAUAGUGAAGAAAAUUGAAGGCUUCGGUUCGGAUUCUGGUAAAACAAAGCGCAAGAUUGAAAUUGCUGACUCUGGUGUUCUGGAUUGAAAUUUUACAUCAGAAUUUAGUCUCUAGUUUCAAAUACAUACAUUUCGUGAGUUUGGUUCGGUUGUUGUGCUGGAGUGAUAUCGAUCGACUGCAUUAAUUAAUAAAAUUGUCUUUCCAUUAUACAUUUAUGAAUUAUUUAAAAUAAAGAUUGGAAUAAUAA